AUGGGAAGUGGGUGUGAAAGGGAGAAGAUGGAUGUGGAAAAUGUGGAGGAACCAGGAUGCAGUUGUUCUUGGACUGUUUUUGGACUAGGAGCAUCGGCCAUUUGUUCCAUGUUGAAGAACUGGAGUGGCAUGGAUAGGGGAAAAGCUAAGGAUUACAUAAUAAGUUGCCAGUCAUAUGAUGGUGGUUUUGGGUUGAUACCUGGUUCAGAAUCUCAUGGUGGUGCCACCUACUGUGCUGUUGCAUCUCUCCGACUGAUGGGAUUCAUUGACGAAGAUAUACUGUCUGAAAAUGCAUCUUCUUGCACCAUAAUCAUGCCAUCACUUCUUUAUUGGAGCUUGCAGAGGCAGGCACAAUUUGGUGGCUUUCAAGGUAGAUCAAAUAAGCCGGCUGAUACAUGUUAUGCUUUUUGGGUUGGAGGAGUUCUAAGGAUCUUGGGGGCCGACAAAUUCAUUGAUGAGGGAGGUUUGCGUGGAUUUCUAUUAACAUGUCAAUCAGAGUAUGGUGGUUUCAGUAAAUUCCCGGAUUUGCUGCCAGAUCUUUACCAUUCUUAUAAUGGAUUUUGUGCAUUUAGUCUGUUGAAGGAACCUGAUAUCAACGCCUUAUGUGUUGAAUUGGGUAUAACAGCUAUUGCUGCAAUUGGGCUCUGA